CAGAGAGGGAGGGGGGAAGGGAGUGAACAAAUGAAACAUACUAACAGAGAAUCGAGGAUCAGUGUAGCAGGAAUUGCUACAGAGAUGCCCAGGGUUUCUCCAUGUAAGAGGAAAUACUCUCUCUCACACACAUAGUGAAGGUUUUGUGGAUAUGUUUUUUCUGAUGUGCCUGCAUUCUGAGUGAAUUAUAAAAAAAGAAGAUUUAGCAUUUUUUUCUGCAUCUCUGACUCUCUCAUGACCAGCCAUGCCUGUUCUGUCACCUGUCACAGGUUUACAUGAGAUGCUUGCACUCCUUACUUCUCAGCUUCAUCCAGAUGCGAAUCAUAAAGAGGACCUGGGCUUUCUCAGGGAAGUCUUCAGUGAGAGGAGCCUUAGCUAUUUAAUGAAAAUCCAUGAGCGACUGAGGCAAUACCAGCUGCAAAGCCCGACCCCGGUGUUCCACAGCGCCUCCUGUUUAGCAGAGGAUGUUGCAGAGGAGCUACAGAACGGACCACUGGAUGAAGAUGAAAGAGAGUUAUUAACACUUCUGACUGCUCCACAUGUGAAGGCAGUGCUAACAGUACAUGAUACUGUGGCCCAGAAGAACUUUGAUCCUGUUCUCCCACCUCUUCCAGAUGAUCUGGACGAUGAAUUAGAGGAAGAAUCUGUGAAGAUUGUGCGUUUGGUGAAGAACAAGGAGCCACUUGGGGCGACCAUCCGUAGGGAUGAGGUUACUGGAGCGGUGGUGGUUGCUAGAAUCAUGAGGGGCGGGGCUGCAGACCGCAGUGGUUUGGUGCAUGUUGGAGAUGAGCUCAGGGAAGUCAAUGGAAAUCUAAUCAUACACAAACGUCCCGAGGAAAUCAGCCAGAUUCUGUCUCAGUCUCAAGGCUCGAUCACUCUGAAAAUAAUUCCUGCCAUAAAGGAGGAGGACAGAUUCAAGGAAAGUAAGGUCUAUUUAAGAGCCCUGUUUGAUUACACGCCAUUUGAAGACAAAGCCACGCCCUGUCAGGAGGCCGGGCUUCCCUUCCAGCGUGGGGACAUCCUUCAGGUGGUCACUCAGGAUGACCCAACAUGGUGGCAGGCCAAACGAGUGGGAGAUAGCAACCUGCGUGCUGGACUUAUUCCCUCAAAACAGUUCCAGGAGAGACGACUGUUAUAUAGGAUCAAAAUAGGAACGUACCAGAGCCCGAAAUCCCCUAGAGCAGCACCAUAUGAUCAGACUUGUGAAAAAGAAGACAGUGAUAGUGCGGGCAGUGGAACUGGACACCACAUAGUUUCUCCAAAGUGUAAGGUGGUGGCACCCUCCUGUGGCCAAGCCUUUUCCUGGGAAUUUUACUCAGCUGGUCUCAGGAGAAGUUUCAGGCUGAGCCGAAAGGAUUGUCAGGGUUCGACCACAGAGUCUCAAACGGUGGAGUCUGGAGAGACUGGAGAGUUUCUCAUAUAUGAAGAGGUGACUUUAUAUCAGAUGAGACCUCAUGAUAAACCAAGACUUGUGGUGCUUAUAGGGUCUCUUGGUGCUCGGAUCAAUGAGCUGAAGCAGAAGGUGAUUGCUGAAAAUCCUCAUCGGUAUGGCGUUGCUGUGCCACACACAACAAGACCCAGGAAAAUCCAUGAGAAGGAGGGUGUAGAAUAUCACUUCAUAUCCAAACAGGCCUUUGAGACUGACGUCCAAUCUAAUAGGUUUAUUGAAUAUGGUGAAUAUAAGAACAACCAAUAUGGGACGAGUCUAGAGGCAAUACGGAGUGUCCUGGCGAGAAAUAAAGUGUGUCUGGUAGAUGUUCAACCUGAGGCCCUGAAAGUUCUCCGUACGGCAGAGUUUAAGCCUUAUGUAAUCUUUGUAAAGCCUCAUAUACCUGAGACCCACCAGCACCAUACUACAUCACCAGGAAGGGCUGAUAAUGGACACAUCACAGAUGAAGACCUACAGGAUAUGAGGCAGUCAGCCAAACAGAUGGACCAACAAUACGGCCAUCUAGUGGACAGGGUCCUAAUAAAGGAGGACUCUGCCAGUGCCUGUGUGGAGCUGAGGAAUAUCCUGGAACGACUUGAGAGGGAGCCACAGUGGGUGCCUGUCAGCUGGGUUCGAUCUUGAUAAUCCCUCCUUCCCUAAAUUAGAAUAUUCUUGCAUAUGGUGUAAUGAAAACAUAGACCCCUCUGCCUCAGUCUGACUCGUCCCGUAUUUGUUGUUUGUUAUUGUUCAACUGGAGUAAGACACAAAUAAAAUUGGUGACUGUUAAUUGUUCUGACAGUCUGCUGUCUGCUGUAAUAGUGAUGAAUUUGAUUUCUAACAUUUUGCAUGGAAGUAACUAUACUUUAAAUUCUGCUGGGCAACAACAUUGCAUUAAAACAAGCCCAGCAUAGGUUUAUUUGACAACCCAACAUGUUUUCUGUCCAAUAUUUACCGAGCAUUGGAUAAAAUGUAAUAAUUGAGUUGAUCUGGCUGAUGUGUUUAUUUCUGUUGAGUGACAGAUAUAAAUAUCAUGACGCAUGACUAAUCAGAUGGGAGACAACAUUGAUGGAGGUUUACGCACUCUGUGUAAGCUGGGCUUAUGUUUACAUAACACUCUUAAAAAGCUGGGUUGUUUUCAACCUAUAUUGUUGGUCCAAAGCAAAACCAGCCAUUGAGUUAAAUUAACCCCCCAAAAAUUAUACAGUAUUUGACCUAACAAUGGGUUAAAGGAACCAAGUAUUUUGGUUGAAACAACCCAGCAUAUGAUAAUUUACAACCCAACAGGCUGGGUUUGUUCCUUUUUUGACCCAACACUGGGUUGGCAUUGUGAAAAACUAAUUUUUGUUACCAUGGAACCACUUAUUUCGGACGAUUUCAUAAACCUUUUUUGGAACUGAAUGGUUCUUUGAAACCAUUAUGUUAAAGUUCUUCAUACAGUGCAUAAAUGGUUCUUCUAUGGCAGGGGUGUCAAACAUGCGGCCCGCGGGCCGGAUACGGCCCGCAAAGGUGUCCAAUCCGGCCCGCAUGAUGAUUUAUAGAGUUUUAUUAAAUAUUAAAUACAUAUUUUAAAAACCCUUUUAGGCAGGUUUCUAGUUCGUUUUUAAUAUGAGAGACUUGCGGAAAGCAGCAAAACGCGGAACAUAGAGUAAACACGGUGCCCAAAAAUCUUGCCGUUUUAUUGUUACCGCUCCGCUAAAGAUCCACCGAUUCUGGUAAUCCACUUCGUGUUUUCCCGCCCGCUCCGCAGCAUCUCUG